UCACAGGUCUUCCUGCAACUGCAAGUAUAACCCUCGAAAUCACCAAACACCACGUUUGCUAUCUUUGAUUUUAGAUGGCUACUCACACUGUAGCUGUGAUAAUAAAAAACCCUUUGAACCCCGCAGAAUUUCUUCUGGUGAAACAGACCCCACCCCCCAAAUUCAAUGAUUCAGAGUACGACUCCUUCAUCGACUCCGACCUCUGGGACUUGCCGUCCGCUAAGCUUCGUCCGCUGACAUCGCCGCCGGCUUCUAAAGCCGUCGUCCAUGUCGACGAAUGUGAGUUGGGAGAUUUCGGGUCCACUAAAGUCGACCUCAGUUCAGCUCUUAUUCAGGAUAAACAUAUCAUACAACCGGCUUCACAUCCCCAUAAACCAUUCGAAGUGUUGGCAUAAGUGGUCCUCUAACUUUAAAUGUCUCUUGAAGUGUAUUACAAAAAGAUGACAUCUGCACAAUUCUACCACUCCUUUGCCGUCUCUUCCUUGGAAUGAUUGCUUGUUCAAACUCAUUGCUAUUUUCUCCCAGUAGUCCUGAGGCCGACAUCAUAACUUAAUUCAGACACAGACGUAAAGCCCAGUGAGGACCGUAUAGGACCAUUGGUUAAUGCUGGUCUUCUCAAUUCCGCAAGAGAAUCUGGAAACUGUAAAAUCCCUCAAACAUUGAAUUUUCAGGAAUACCUUCCUGGACUUAAACUUGUGCCAAUGGGGAGUAGAACAGCGAAACCUUUUCACACGACAAACUUAAUUGUGCUUGUACCCGAAAGGAAUCGCGAUGGAUGCUCUGAUGAUACCAUUGCUGCUCGCGGGGAAGCUCUGAUAGUAGACCCAGGCUGCAAGUCUGCUUUCUAUGAUGAGCUGAGGGAGAUUAUUUCUGUGCUGCCAAGAAAGUUGAUUGUCUUUGUAACCCAUCACCAUCAUGAUCACGUUAAUGGACUUUCGGUAGUCCAGGAAUGCAACCCCAAUGCUUCUCUUUUAGCACAUGAAAAUACUAUGCGCAGGAUAAAAAAAGGGGAUUGGUCUCUUGAUUUUAUUUCAGUAUCUGGAUCUGAGGAAAUUUGCAUUGGUGGUCACCGAUUGAGAAUCAUCUCAGCGCCGGGGCAUACUGAUGGGCACUUGGCACUUCUUCAUGUGAGUUCAAACUCUUUGAUUGCGGGGGAUCAUUGUGUAGGGCAAGGAAGCACAUUUUUAGAUAUUAAAUCCGGUGGAUCUAUGGCUGAUUACUUCCAGACAACUUAUAAAUUUCUGGAGCUUUCACCUCAUGCUUUGAUUCCCAUGCAUGGAAGAGUUAAUAUGUGGCCUAAACAUAUGCUCUGUGGAUACCUCAGAAACCGGAGAGAGAGGGAAUCAAUGAUCUUAAAAGCAAUGGAGAAUGGAGCCAAAACACUGUUUGACAUAGUUGCGUAUACAUAUGUUCAUGUUGAUCCAAGUUUCUGGAUUCAUGCUUCAUCCAAUGUAAGGCUUCAUGUGGAUCAUCUAGCCCAGCACGAGAAGUUGCCUGAGCACUUCUCAAUUCAUAAGUUUAGGAAGACUUGUGGAUUGCAUUUUAUACUGAGAUGGUUGUGGGCAUAUGUAUGCAAUACAUUCUCAAUAAAGCUGCAGAUGCUGAGAAACCUCUUUUUAUACGGUGCUGUCGUUGUCGUUUCUGGUCUGGCUAUGCUCUUCACUAUAACAAAGAGGCACGAGUGAAGGAAUGAACUCUUCCUUUUGUGAGUAGAUUGUAGUAAUUGUACAAUGCUGUGUAAGGAUUAGGUCCCCACGGUUAUGUUUCUGUUGUAUGUACAAAUAUAGCCCCUACACUUUGAGAUGUAUAAAUACUCCGUAUUAUUUAAAGAAAAUUGCCUAUAAUUUAAUAAACUUGCAGACCAAAUUUUAUUUGAUAAAUCAAUUACAUUUCAACUAGUA